AUGCAGUCUAUCCUCGUUCGAUCCUUCGCUCGCGCAACAACUAAACCCGCUAUCGGUCGAUCAUUCUCUGUCAUCCCGUCCGUUAUGGCUGGAGCAGACUCUGGCACAGCAAAGCCGCAAGCCUUCAUGACCGAUAACAGGAAAGACCAAUUCGCUCGCCGCGAAGCUGCGAACGAAGGAAUGUACAUCAGAGAACUUGAGAAGGAGAAAAUUGAACUCCUGCGAAAGAAGUUGAAGGACAACAAGAAGCACUCAGAGGAACUUGACAAACACCUGGAGGAACUCCUUGCUGGACAGGGUGGCGAGAAGAACUAA